GGGCGGCGCGGCGGGGAGGCCGGCCGGAGCCCGCGCGCCGGGGGGGGGGGGAGCGGGCCGCCCCCGGGGCUCCCGGCGGCCUGGGAUGCCCGAUCGCGGCAGCGACGAGGAGGGAGGCGACGGCAAGGAGGCGGCCGGCCCGGCCCCCCCCGCCGCCCUCAGCGAGGACGACGACGAGGACUCGGACGACUCAGAGGAGGACGACUCCUCCGAAACAGACUCGGAGGACGACUCGGAGGAGCGCGGGGCUGCGCUGGAGGGUGACUUCAAUCUGACAGAUUUUGACUACCUGCCCGUGUCUUCUGAAAUCAAAGAGCUCUUUGAAUACAUCAAAAGGUACACUCCCAAAACGAUAGACAUCGAGUACAAACUGCAGCCUUUUAUUCCCGACUUUAUUCCUGCUGUUGGGGACAUUGACGCGUUCCUAAAGGUGCCCCGGCCCGAUGGGAAGCCCGAUAACCUGGGGCUGCUGGUCCUGGACGAGCCCUCGACCAAGCAAUCGGAUCCCACCGUGCUCUCCCUCUGGCUGACGGAGAACUCCAAGCAGCACAACGUCACGCAGCAGAUAAAAGUGAAGAGUUUGGAGAACGCCGAGAAGAACCCCAAGGCCAUCGAGAGCUGGAUUGAAAGCAUCAGUGAACUGCACCGCUGCAAGCCCCCGGCCACCGUCCACUACACCAGGCCGAUGCCUGACAUUGAGACCCUGAUGCAGGAAUGGUCACCGGAGUUCGAGGAGCUCUUGGGGAAGGUGGGGCUCCCCACGGCAGAGAUGAGCUGUGACCUGCCUGAAUACAUCGACAUGGUCUGUGCCAUUCUGGACAUCCCCGUCUACAAGAGCCGGAUCCAGCCCCUGCACCUCCUCUUCUCCCUCUACUCCGAGUUCAAAAACUCGCAGCACUUCAAGCCCCUGGCUGAGGGGAAGAAAGGCCGGAGCCCGCCCUCCAACCCACCCUCGCAAGUGGCGGAGGCAGAAGUGUUGAGCUUCACUUGAUACUUCACGUUAAACCCCCGUCUCCUGCAUUGAUGCCCACCCCAGACCCCCAGGUUUGGCCCCAGCAGCCCCUGGAGCUCACUGGCCCAGAGCCCCCCAGCUCGUAGAGGUGCUGCCUUUCUGUGCUCACAGAGCAGGGCUCCACCCAGCACAGUUGUGGCAGAAGCUGCCCCGUCACUCCGUCUUUGCCCUGUCCCCAGCAGUUCACCCAGUGCCAGGCUCCCUGCGCCACAGAUGGGGCAGGGCCUCCUCCAGCUGCAGCAGCUGGGAAUAAAUUCCGUGCUCAGACACCA